AUGUGUGUGUAUGUGUGUGCGUUCCUGUCACAUAGCAACAAGGGAGAUAUCGUCAAGGAUUUGAUUGAGAAACUAUUUGGCAAACAGGGUGCCGUCAAGAAUUAUCACAUGUCCAUGAAGAAUAGACUGAGGAGAUGUAAAGGAGUCAGUGAGACGGUAGGCUGUUCGCAGGGUCAUCCAUACGUUCCUGUUCAGCCAGAGCAACAAACCCAGAACUUUCAGUCCAAUGUCAUUUUCGUUCUGAGGAAUUUCAUGACCGCCUUUCCAGCAGAGCAUACCGAUAAGGGAUUUGCAUACCAUGGGAACAAGGGACAAGCUCCCGAAGACGGAUGGAGAGAUGUUCGGGACAAGUACAUUGAAUCCAGCAUGAAGGCGUGGAAGGAUGUCUUGCAAUGGUGGAAUACCGCAGAUUAUUAUAAGAUUGCGACCUAUGUGCCUUAUGAAAAGCUUUUGAAUCCGGGAACAGGACCUGCCAUUGUCCAGAAACUGGCGGACACGCUGGCCGAAUCUGGAUUUGAAGUGGCUCCGAGAGAGGACAUCCCAUGCAUAUGGUACCAAGUAAUAUCGAAAGAGAUUGCUCGUCAAAAGGCUCUACAAGUGUAUACUCCUGGUUUUACACCCGACCAACGGAAAUUCCUGCUGACAGAGUUGAACAGUCUCAUUCAGUCCUAUUCCAACCUUCCAUCAGGUACUACAAAGCAGGAAGAGUUGGUAUCCAUAUUGGAGGGGUACCGAGACGAAGUUCAAUUCAAGAUGAGGAUCGAUAAGCCAUCAGCUAAUAAGUAA